GCGGUUGAAGGAAUCGAUUUCGAAAUCCAGGAAGGGGAGCUUUUCUGUCUCCUUGGACACAACGGCGCAGGCAAGAGCACGACUAUUCAGGUGCUCAGUGGCUUGUUAGAGCCUUCUGCUGGAUCGGUGUCGAUUUUCGGAAGGCAUAUUUUCAAAAACAGGCGAUCUAGAAGUUCUCGAAGGCGACAUUUGGAGCUUCAUGAAGACGAAACCAGCAUAGAUGCGAUGCGAUGCGCGUUGUCGACCCACGACGCUGCUGGCGGUGAACGCCUUACCCCUGCGCACCAAUUAGUCGGCCUGUGUCCGCAGAACAACUUGCUUUUCGAUGACCUUACUGUACGCGAAGCCCUUACCGUCUGCUUCGAGCUCCGAAACUGGCAAAUACAAAUGGUUGAUGAUGUUCUUGCACCAGGUGACUACGUCAAUGAUAAGAAAAGUAAAGUGCUGUUAGAGCAAGGGGAGACCACUAGGAAUGUCGACAAUCAGCAGCAAAAAACUUCUAGAGGUCGAAAGCGGAAGCAGAAGACGGACAAUGCACUGUUGUCGUUUUCCCUCGUCCGCCUUUUCGACGACGUGGACAAAGAAGUUGGUCGCCUGAUCGCGGAAGGCGACUUCCGUGAGCCAGACUCGAAGCUAUGCGGCCAACUGUCAGGUGGAUGGAAACGCAAACUGUGCUGCGUGAUUGCCUUCUGCGGAAAUCCUGAACUAGUUAUUCUGGAUGAACCAACGUCGGGGAUGGACCCUGCGAACCGACGAGCAACGUGGGACUUCUUGUUGCGUCGCAAACGGAAAAGCCUGAAAAAUUCGUGCUCUAUUCUCUUGACGACGCACCACAUGGAUGAGGCGGAUGUGUUAUCUGAUAGAAUCUGCAUCUUGAAGGACGGGGCAGUCGAAUGUCUGGGAACUACGCGGUUCCUGAAAGAAAAAUACGAUUGCGGAUACGAACUGACAGUGAUUCUC